AUGGCCAGGAUCGUCGCCCGAACCGCACAGGGACGUCCCUACCUGCCAACCGAGAUCCACCUCAUAGUCUCGGGAUUUUUGGAGGACGAUUCUCGGUGGGACACGCUCGCUGUGUUGUCCAGGUCUUCCAGUAGGCUGAGGUCAAUGUACGAGCCACGGCUCUACCUCACCACGAGGCACGCCAGAAACCCGCGUUACUGCCUAUACAAUGGGAGGAAGGAUCCAGCACCAGGUUCGAACCACUUCAUCAAGGCGCUUAUGUGGGGCAUCAUCAACGAGUCAACGCCUGUUAUGGCUCACGCCAAAGCAUACGGAGCAGAUGUCAAUGCCCGUGUCCGGGUUUGUCACGGCAAAGUCUCCUUGACCCACUACGAUACGUCGCCGAAUAAUCAUCUGUAUGGCUUGGGAACGAUACUCCAGCAUGUUGUUCAGAAAGGCCUUGACCGCUCGGCAAAACGGUUGAUCACAGCUGGUGCCGUGAUCAUUACGCCCGGCCAAGCUUCUAUCAACAUGUGUUAA